AUGUGGGACGCCAAUGAAGAAGAAAAGCGCUUACUGUUCGAAUAUGAACAUGAAAAGUCGAAAGUCCAUGGCCACUAUCAAACUGAUAUCUUAUCAAAUUUCAUGGAUUACUGUGCUCUGUCUGUCACCUAUGAUCCAUGGGAUCCAAAAAUAGAGCCAUGCUACUACAUCGACGAAUUCAAUGGACCACUAAACCAAACCGCUUGGUUUGCACCCGGACACGUAGAUUGUGAAUUUUUGGAGACUGUGUGCUGGAAAAAUAAUGAAACUGAAGUUUUUGGAUAUAUUCAUACACAAAUCAUACCAAAAAAGAUACCAAAAAUCGAUGAAAAAGAGGAAAAACCAAAUGUUUUCGUGUAUUUGGUGAAUUCUAUGAGUGUCGGAAUGGCGAAACGAAGUCUUCCCAAAACCUUGGAAUUCCUGAAAAGCCGAUUUGAAUCUGUGGAAUUUCCAUUUUUGAGUCAAGUUGGGCUAAACAGCAAGCCAAACGGGCUUGCGUUAUGGUUUGGAAAACAAAUCGAGUUGGGAAAAUUGAAAAGCGGAGAAUCGAUAAAAGUGGAUUGGAAUGAAACGGAGUUUUGUGAAAAGUAUUUAGACGAUAAGCAACAUUUAUUUAAGGAUUACAAGGACGGAGGGUAUAUGACCCUACACUCAGAAGACUGGUCUUACCAAACGGUGACUUCUUACCCGGACUGCAAGGGUUUCAAAAAUCAAUACACGGACCACACUUUUUGGCCGUUUACAAAAAUUUAUGAAUAUAAUGGGACUACUGUAACUCAGGAGCAUUUGAAUGGGAAGUUGUGUCGAGAGAUCCAUCACGCGGCCAUGGAACAAAUGGAACAGUUUAUGGAUAUUUAUAAAGACCACCCAAAAUUCGCAUGGCUCUGGAACGUCCAUAUUGCUCAUAAUUUUAUCACUGGAGCUGAUCGACUAGAUGAUAAAUUGUUGGAUUUUUUCGAACGGAAAGAGAAAGAGCUUGACCACUACUUUAUCAUUCUAACUUCUGAUCACGGCUUCAGAAUGUCUGAUUAUCACCUGUAUGAGUCUGAAAAUGGAGCAAUCGAAAAGCAUAAUCCUUAUUUAUCAAUCUCGGUGCCCAAAAAGUACCGUAACCCGGAAAUUCUACAAAUUAUGAGGGAGAAUUCACAACGACUACAAACUCAGUACGAUACCAGAGCCACGUUGCUGGAUAUUUUGAAGUACCAACCCUCCUCCCACUUCACCAAUCGCUCUCUUCUCGAAAUACCCGGUGAAAAGGGGCAUUCAUUGCUUCGUCACCAACCAGAAACCCCUAGAACGUGUGGUAGAUUACCGAUUCCUCAACAAUACUGUAUUUGUAGAACAGAAACCAAGGAUAUGAAGCAUGACAAAGCCCUCAGCCAACGAUUUGCGACUGAAUUGAUAAAACACGUUCAUGAAAUAUUGGAUUCCUUUAAUCUCACUAGCUUAUGUCAUAAAUAUGAAAUUGAUAAUGUCUCCCAUCUUGAUCUCUACCCUGCUACGAAUCUCGAAACUUCAACAUACCGCAUCGCUGUCAAAACCAAAACGCCCAGUUUUGCACAUUUCGAAACUUUGGUCACUGGAAAUAAGGAAACCCAGAAAUUGGAAUUUGAGGAGGUGGAACGAUUGGAUACCUACGGGAAAACCGCGGAUUGUACGAAUCGGAUACACUCGAUGCGAUUGUGUUAUUGUAAACAGCAGAAUGAAUGA